AGGUGGCUGGCUGUAUGGUAAACACCGGCUAAGCGACGAACCAACGCACGUGUAACCUUUUCGCAGUAACUAUUGGCUGGAAAGUGUUUUUCAAGGCUAUUGCCCAAUAAUUUUCGGAAACGAAUUCCCGCUCAAACUCGGUCCAUUAUACGAUUGCGAAUGUAUAUACGUACAUGUAUAUAUCGUAAGAUACCAACCGGCAACCGGUUUGGAAAUUUCGAUGCUUUUAUUGCGUUUCUACAAUUGUGAUAAGAAUGUGUUUGAUCAGUUUGGUCAUGAGGGAAACUGCCACAAUAUAAUUUUUUGGUGAAUUGUACUUUAUGAAAGCAACAAUGUAAUUGAAAAGCGAAACGACCUGUAUUUACGUCGAGUCGCGAUGAAAAAAAAUAUCAGAAAUAUGAAAUUUCUAUUGCUCUGAAAAUUUCGUUUCUUUGUUUUGCACUUGCGGGUGCAACAAAAUUGGACUUGUUUUUCGGAUACAAUAAAAAAAAAAUGUCGAAACGUUGUUUAAAUCGGAUUGCCGAAAUACUCGGGCUUGCUGAUAGCAGAAGAGUCGUGGAUCGAAAAACUUUUAUAAAAGAUUUACAAGAUGUAUAUCUAAACGACGAAUACAUAGAAGCAAUCAAUGAAGAAACCAGCAGGGAUUCUACAAGCUCAACAUCUUGGAAUCAAAUAAUGUUAACCAUUCAUCACGUUGUGUUAAUGGAAGUUGACAAGUCUGUCAACAAAGCAGCGAAAGGAAACUCGGCGACAAUUGUUCAGAGUGGGUGCUGUGAUCUGAUAAAAAGGACAGUCAGUCUUGCCAUUGCAGCACCCAACAUGGUGCUCAGUUGUUCGGACCUAAUGGCUAUCAUUUUUCAAAUAUUUGGAAAAAAGACUUACGAAUCAUACUACGAUACUUACUUUGGCAUUCUUGGGAAUGUUCUUGCAAACAAGAACUAUCGACUAGCAAUAAGUCCAGAACAGUGGCGAGAGAUUCUCAAUCUCUGCUGGAAAAUGUAUGAUCCCAGUCCUAAUAAUGUUAAAAGUGUUAUUCUAGAAAUUGCAAGAACUACCGUACACUAUGGCUGCCUGCAGUCUCAUCUGCUACUGGAUGUGAAAAAUAUUCUACCAUUUCUGGGGUCUAUUUAUCAAAGCAUUGGUUCAGGCAAAAUGGUGCUGAUGAAACCGGUGUACAGAUUGACGUAUGCUGUGUGUCAGCAAACAGCGACUGAAAGUCGUAUAACUCUCUGUGAAUUCAGUGAAAAGAUAUUACCGUCGAUCAUCAAUUUGGAAGGUUGUUCUGAAAAGUAUAAUACAAUGUUACUCAUGAUGCAUAUUCAUCACCCUGGUGGUGCAGACACCCCCGAAAAUGGAGCUUAUGCUCGAGAUUGGGGACAAUGGAAAAAUAUUGUACGGGGGAUUUAUGCCUCCCUUGAAAGAGACAAGAAAACAGAAAUAAUGUCACCAUGUUUUUUGAAACUUGCUUGCGAAGUAUACAGGCAAGUCCUGUUGGACCCUUCGUACGUCGCUGAAGGAAUAGCGAUUUCCUCUGAGUCUCAAGAAAUGCAGCCACGAAAACGUCGACGUCUUUCACAACCCGUACGAAAACCUGUGGAUAUGCUAAUCGACAAUGAUCUUGAAACAACGUGGCCUUCUAUCCAAAUACUUACGGUUUUGUUGAAGAAGUAUCCGAAUACUCUCAAUUCCGACGAUUAUGUGACGUUCAUCAAAACUGUUACCGAAUUCGUCAUCGCUUCGCUCAAUAACGAAAUGAUCAUGGACAGCUUGUGCGAACUUUGUACCAUUCUGGUUAAUGCGGAGAAGGAACAUUUUCAUCAAACUGAACACCCCGAGGUUAAAAUUUGCUGGGAAAAAAUUUGGGACACAAUCUUACGAGCCUUGAGUAUGAAUCAGAAUGAAAAGCUUGGCCAUACUCUGCUUCAAUCAAUAAUCGAGAACAGGAGCGCACUAAAUGUUACUGGCUUUCUUCGUUUGUAUUUAACGAAUGCUAUACGAUGGUCAGCCUCGAGUGUCAAAACAUUGUUGAUUUUUUGUGAGUAUACGCCAAUCCCGGAGGAACUUGUUGGCAGUGGAGGGACAAGUUCAGCUAAGCUGGAAGGAUCAACGCGAGUAGCUCUGUUAAAGUGGUCUCUCGAAAUUCCCCCUUCCACUCAAAUGUCGCAAGUGCCAGUCGUCGAGUUGGCAAAUUUAUUGACAGCCCUCGUCGUACGUUCGUGGUACGAUCACGAAUUUCGUGACUACAGAUUAUUUCAAGAUUUCGAAUACCAACAAAAAAUUCAAAGCCACAUUACGAUGAAAAAUGAUUUGUUCGACGAUCGCGAAGGGAAGAGUUUAAACGACAUCGAUAAUUCCAACUUAUCGUUGAAUUUUUUGCAAAAAGAUUGGGAUCAAGGCGAAGAAACACCCAAAAACAACGUGACUAACUUACGGAUUCUCCACGUGCGAGAAUCCUUGGAUUUUCUAACGGAAUCUCUAACCAAUUACGUGAGCGAUCAUUUGACCGUGGAAGAUCUCGAAAAGGAAAUAACAAAAUUGACCGUCAUUGGUAAAUUUGUCUCGAAUUCAAUCGAAUUGAAUAUUCGUUCCGAGCGGCAAGUCUUGAAAUUAUUGAACAUGUUUGAACGACGUUUCAAAUCGAUUUGUUCGCUUCUCGACAAAGACACGGAAGAGUCGUCUAAUUUCGUACACGUGAUCGAAGCUCUCGAAAUUUUGUACACGAUACGAUACAAUCGAGAGGUUUCGAAAGUUUUGAUCAAAUCUGCAUCGAUGGAAUAUCUUCAAUUUCUUUAUGAGCUUUUGUUGGAGGACGACGAGGAUAACGAGGACCAUGAUGUGGAAAAUUCGACAAGUUUUACUUCCAUCCACGGCAGACAUUCGCGCAAAUUAUUGGAGCAUUGUUUGUCACGCGAGUUGUCAGAAACUUGUCGCUUGAGUAACUCGUCAAGCAGAAUUCUCGCGUAUUAUUGCUGCACCGCGAUCGAGGAUAAAAUGACCGAUGCACAAAAGAGAGUUUUGAAGAACUUGUUGAAAAUUGAUUUAUACGAGAGCAACGCUGACGUUCGUCGCGCAUUGAAUACUCUUAAAACUUGUGGCAUGUUUGAAAAGUUGAUUGAAACCAGUGAAGAAUCCCUUGAAAUUGCCAAUAAUUUUAUUCGACAAUUAUUCGAAUCACGCAUCAAAGAUGAGACCGUUGUACGAGGAAUUUUACACGUGAUACCCCAUUUUUUCAAAGCUACGAGAGCCACGAGCGAGAAGAGUAAAUUGUUGGAAAUAUUGUUGACGAUAAACAAGCGUUUGAAAAAAGAAAGAUACGGUCCACUCGUUCACAGCGAUUUUAUAAAGUGUAUCGGUGAAAUUAUCCGACUAAAUCCAUCGUCGACAUGGAUAUCGAGCGAAUCCGUCAGGUCUUCACCGAUAAUGGAAAUUCUGGUGAACUACAUCAACAAUCCGUUCUAUAUUGUGAGGCUGGAAGUCGUGCGAGCUCUUCACGUCGUAUUCGCUGCAAAAACUCUCCAAACUCCAUCGAAAGUAAAUUUCUUCAAGAAGAUUGAGUAUUCGAUACCGGAAUUAUUCACUGCCGAAAGAACUCUUGACGAUUGUAAAAGGAUGGACGAACUCGAGACCAGAACGAUCACGGCCGUUCAAAUAUACGCAAUGAUACUUCGAGCCAAUAAAUUUCUCAGCAACCAAGCGCUGUUCUCGAUGAUGGUAUUGUCAAUACAACGAGCCGUCAAAAUAGAAACGCUCAAAAAGGCUCUGAUUUACGUGACCAAAAGUGAGGCAAAUCAACGUUUAUUGAUCGAAACGAAUCUCCAUUAUUUAUUGUCUCAGUGGUUCGAGGUCGAUCAUUCAUUGCAAUCGUUUCCUUGGACUCUGGUGCAGUGCGAUUCGCAGGAAGAUUUUUCGCGCAGGUACAUCGGCACGUUGCUGUCGGUUAAACUGCAGAGACUCGAGUUCAAACACCUCGCUAUUUUGUGCGCGAACCUCGACGUAUCUUUUGUAAAAACAGUCGAAGAUUGUUUCCCAACGAUACUGACACAGCUCGUGUCAAUGAUUGUCGAAGAUUCUUCGGAAGGAGAUAAUUCCGAAAGAGUUACGUAUGCCAGACAAAUGUUCGAAAGGCUGCGUUCCAACACCAACGAUUUCAGAGAAGUAAAGCCUUUCGACGUAUUGUUACAAGAAAAAUUAUCCGAGGUCGUGAUUCAUCUCGUCGAAAGACUGAGAGACGACGAGCAUUUCAACGAGAUCUUUUCACGUCGAAUUUUCUUACCAUCCAUAAAUCCGCCUAAUUUUACAGUUGGAACGAUCGAUCGCUGCUUCAUGUUUUUGGAAAAAAUACUGCCCGUCAAGAAGGAAUCUCUCGUCGAGUACUUUGCGACUCGCCAUCCACGUAUUUUACAGCUCACUGUCGACAAACUUUUUUGCAACAUUAACGAAGCCGAUUGUCCCGAUCGCAAACUUCAGGCUUUCCAUCAAUAUCGUUAUUUCGGCACGAUUGUUUUGAAACACUUGCAAAAGCCCUACUUCGAUCCCAUGGCGCUCUUCAUUGUCAGAGACACUAGUUAUUCUCUGCUUUCUUUAACGAAACAAGAAACUCUUGGGGAAAUGGCGUGCGAUUAUUUAAGCGAAUUUCUUCGUGGUGCGAUGCCGAAAAGAGCGAACGAAAUAAAAGAGAUUUUGAGUUACAUCGUCUCUACCCUGGUACCGAUCGCCCAAUCUUCCACGGUCAAAGGAGCCAUGGAAAUAGUGAAUUUUCUGAUAAUCGAGGAACAAGACUCGCUGGGCGAUGCCAUAGAAAAAUUGGACUCCUUUCCGAACGUCGAUUCUUUCGAGGCGAUCAAAAAAGUUCAUCACAGCUUAAAAUACGGGACGAAAAGACAUUACACCCUCGAAGAUGAAAUCGAGCAUUUUUUGAACGCGACAAACGUCAAGACACUCAGUUGCAGUUACGAAGGACUUGUACACGUGAAGAAUCAACUGUCCACGAGGAAACAAGAGUUGUGUGAAAUGUACAACAGACUCGAAGGUCUCCGAGGCUUUGCCGAAGAUUGUGCUUCGAGUACAUUGCAUAAAUUGAUUUACAAACUCGUUCAACUAACGAGGUCGUGCGACACGAAUAUUUCCUUGGAAGCUGCCAAAUGUUUGGGUCAACUUGGUCCAGCAGAUUUGACAACGAUGAUUUUACAUCCGGAGAACGUUUAUGCCAAAGAGAACAGUCUCGAAGUUGAAAUGUUAACAUUUCACGUUGUGAAUCGAUUGAUUGAUUAUUUGGUCGAUAGUAACACGAAUUUGCGCCGAGCGAGCUCUUCGGCUCUGUACAAUAUUUUCUCAACUGCGUGGGGUCGCGAUAUGACGAAUAAAUCAAGUUUGUCCGCUGUCCUGGCCAGUUGCCAGAUCGAAAAUCCGAACAUUCGACACUACAUUUAUCCUUUUGUGAAUCAAAACGACACUCCGAAGUCUCGGGUGAUUAAUUUUGACGACGACAAAUGGAAAAUGUGCAUAAAUCGUGAAAAUGAUGUUUGGGCACCGACGAAUUACGAGUCUUACGAUAAAUGGAUAAUCGACAUAACUUGUAUGCUUCUCGACUGUUUCGUAAAUUUCUACACCCCAAGCUUGCAGCCAGUUUGCCGAGAAAGCGUAGAAUUCUGUGAAAUUUUAUUUCCUCGUCUCGUCAAUUUGGUACAAAGCAUUGAUUCCCGGCGUGUGAAUGACGUUUGUUUGUGUAUAAAUCGUUUUUUCUCACGAGUUUACCAAGCUUUGCGCGAGACCGAAAUUAAUAUGACGAUUCCGGAGAGUCCUGUGACGCGGGAUAUUUUUCUGAGCUAUCGGUGCGUCGGUUGCAUGAUAAACGUCGUGAAUUUCAUGCGCAUACAAUCCUCCGACAACGCACCAAUGUUCCUCGAAUACUUGUACAUCGCAAAAGCAGCUCAAUACUGCUCGGCGUAUUUCACCUCAGUCCUCUACGCUGAAUUAUGGUGUCAGAGCUUGUUACAAGAUUCUCGAUUGUUGCAGGACAAAAUACCCGGAAGUUGGAUAUCACCGAUCGACUGUAUAUGCGAAUUGAGACCGGAGCCGGGAAAACUGCUUCAGUCGAUCGUCCGAGAGGCUUAUUUGCACAUCGGUGAUCCGGAUUCCAUUUACGGUUGUGGCUUGUCGCAUCUGAUCGAUCCCUCGUACAGAAUCCAACACUAUGUCCAUCUUCGACAGUGGGACAAAGUGCUGUUGGCCCAGGACGUGGAAUUGAGUUCGGGCAAUGUUUCGGCGCGCGGAGUUCUCCACUCUCUCCAACAAUCCGGGCUCCAGAGUCUCUUAGGUCGUGUCAUAAGUACGAUCAAUAAAGAGCAAGAAAACGUGGACGAUUUCAUGUACGAAGCAGCUUGGAGACUAGCUGAUUGGAACAUCCUCGAAUCCCAUCGGAGCCAUGAAAACGUCGAUCAUUCGACGAGCUCGAUCAGCCCGAGAUCUCGGAUAUGCGAGUAUCAUUCGUCCCACUAUCGUGCUCUCAAGUCUCUUCGAGAAUCCGACUCUGUGGGAUUGCGAACAUUUCUCGAUGACGCUCGCACCAGCCUCGUUUAUUCCCUGCGAAAAAUCAGCCUCGAAUGCAGUCAAACCGUGUAUCCGAUCUUGUCACAAUUACGGAUGUUACAGGAGAUCGAAGAUUUCGCGAACGUCGAGCCGGACAGAUGCCACGAAGCUGUCGAAAAUUGGAACAGGGAAAAUGAUCUCGAUAGCAACGAUUUUCAGUGGAUCGAACCGAUACUCUCGCAACGUUUGGUCAUGUACCAGACUAAAGGAACUCUGACGAAUGGCGCGCUCAUCAACACUCACUUUGACAUCGCUGAAAUCGCUGAGGAACAAGGAUAUUUGUCGAUCGCAGCCCGAGCUUUGGAUUCUCUGUCUCGACACAAUCUUUCCAGCGCGACCAGAGACGAGUUGACUUAUCACGAAGCUCAUCUAGCCUGGAUACGCAAAGACCAGGACAUCGGUCGUUACCUCCUACGAAAUUUGAUUAAAAAGUCAAACCUUUCUCCAAACUUACGCGCAAAGGCGUUACACGUUUAUGGCAAUUGGAUGGCAGUGACAAAAUCGGAAAAUCCUCAAGAAGUCAUUGAAAAAUAUUACGAAGAAUCGAUAAAAACGAGUUUAUCCAUUGACAAUCAAAGCUUGAGAGACCGAAAAAAUCUUACGAAUGCUCAAGCCGACGUUGCUCAAUUCGCUGAUGCUCAGUACCAUCAAAUAAUCGAAUUCAUGCAAUCCCCUCAAUAUGAGAGUCUCCUCGAGUGUACCAAACUCAAAGACAACGAGAGUAAAUCGAUGAUCGCUGGCAAGAGCAGAGACGAACAAAGAGCGAUUACUAUUUAUCAGAGACAAGUGACGAACGACGCUGCUGAAGUGGAGAACAUAAAGAGAGAAAAAAGCAUGUAUCUCGUAUUGGCAGCGAAAUAUUAUUUGAUGACUUUACAGACCGGUGAAGACCACGAUCUCUUAGUUUUUCGUCUCGUUUCAUUGUGGCUCGACAACAUGUUCAACGAGAGUUUUAAUGAAAUUUUAACCGAGCAGAUACAAAACGUAGCUUCGUACAAAUUCAUCGUACUUUUGCCGCAAUUAGCGCCGCACAUGAGUAACGAUAAAAGUAUUUUCACUACUCAAAUAAACGCUCUCAUGGAACGUUGCGCAAAGGAACAUCCUCAUCACACACUCCCGGUUGUACUGGCUUUGAAAAAUACUCACAAAGACAAUGAAUUCAAAGCAAUUGAGAAAGGCAAUCAACGAAGGGUCGAGAAAAUACAUCCCGAGCCAAGAGUCCUUGCGGCAGAAGCUUUGAUCGCGAAACUCACGAAUUCAUCGAUAAGACCGAUCAUCCGUGAAAUGAGUGAUUUGUCGAACGCGCUCGUCGCACUCGCUUAUUUCAACGUGUCCGAGGCUCAAGCGAGGAAAAAAGAUGUUUCUCACCCUAUACCGAGGAAUCAACCGAUAAUGAAAAUUCGUGAUUACACCAACAUCUGCGUACCGACUUUGACGAUCGCUGUGAAGCCUCGUGGCGAUUACAAUGUCGUUGGAAUCCAAGAGUACGUUGGUAAUUUCGAUCUACCGGGUGGUGUGAACGCCCCGAAAAAAGUAGUCUGCAUCGGUUCCGAUGGGCUGAAAAGAAAAGAACUGGUCAAGGGCCAGGACGAUCUACGUCAAGAUGCUGUAAUGCAGCAAGUCUGUACUGUUAUGAACAACAUGCUGAGAACAAGCAAGGAAACGAAGAAACGUAAAUUGCAUAUAAGAACGUACAAAAUCGUGCCACUUUCUCAGCGAUCUGGAGUGUUGGAAUGGUGCGAAAAUACCCUACCGAUAUCAAAUGUGCUUUGUGAUUCUGGAAACAAUCCCGGAAUGCACACGAAGUAUUAUCCUGACGAUUGGAGCGUUUCCAAGUGCAGAUCGAAGCUGCAAGCCGUUGAUCGUGAACCUACGAACGUAAAGCUCAAAACUUUUCUGGAUAUAUGCAAAAAUUUGCAUCCAGCGUUCCAUCAUUUUUUCAUGGAAAAAUAUCCCUCCGCCGAGACUUGGUUCGAACGGAGAUUGGCUUACGUCAGGAGUGUCGCGACGACCUCCAUGGUCGGCUACAUGCUCGGAUUGGGUGAUAGACACUUCAGCAAUAUUCUCAUCGAUCAAACCACCGCCGAAGUUAUUCACAUCGACUUCGGCAUCGCUUUCGCUCAAGGCAAAGUUUUACCGAUUCCGGAAACUGUCCCGUUUCGACUAACUCGCGACAUGGAAGUCGCGAUGGGCAUUUGUGGCGUCGAAGGCGUUAUGAGACGCAGCUGCGAAGAAACCGUCGCCGUUCUCCGAGAUCGCAGGAAAAUCUUGAUCACUCUCCUUCAAGUGCUUCUCUACGAUCCUCUCUUUUCUUGGGCUAUUACGCCUGUCAAAACCGGAGAAAUGGAGACCCACUGCAUUAGGAGAUACAGUGGAAGAGUCACCGAAGACAGAGAAGUGAAAAAGACGAACAAGCUAGCGGAGAGAGCUUUACUGAGAAUCGAACAAAAGUUGCAAGGAACGGAAGACGGAAUAAGUUCGAGCAUAUCCGGCCAGGUGGAACGUCUAAUUCAACAGGCUCGGGAUCCGAGAAAUCUUUGUCGUUUGUACAGCGGAUGGCAAGCAUAUUUGUAAUAGGCAGAGAAACCGGAACAAAUACGAGAAACGAUCAAAGAGAUAUUUCCAUAUUUAUACUGUGAUAUAUAAAACUACUCCAAAUAGUACCUUUUUUAACGAUCAAUUACUCUCGUUGCCUAACAUUAUUACGUUUGUUUCGUGCAACAGGGGGGUCGUACGUUGUUCAGUGAAUUAUUAAUAAGAGUAAAUUAGAUAAUACGUCCUGGUUUUGUCCCCCGCUUCAAUCCGCGAGUAUCCUUCUCGACUGGCCAAUGGAAGGAACAAUUUUGAAUGCGAACGAAUCGUUCUUUAAACACGACAUUACGUUCAUGCGGCAAUCAUAAUAUUUUCCUUUUCAUCACUUUAACAAUCAUACGAAAACAUUUCAAUUUAACGUUACGACGAUUCAAUGUUUUUUUUUGUUAGUCGCUUUAAGAAUUUUUCGAAUGUGUCUUCACAGCCUAGAAAUUCUUUUAUUAGAAUUGCCUUUACGUUCUUUCUAGGCAUGCGUAAUGAACAAUUCUAAUAAUAAUAAUUGCGACAAAUUAAUUUGGCAUCCCGUCGAACAAAAUCGUUGGUGUUUUGUUGGAAUAUUAAUUUUUUCUUCUCUUAUUCGGAAGCCCUGGAAUGUUAAUAAUAAUUGUUAAAAUCUUGAUGUUCUUGGUCAAACUUUGAUGAAAAUAUUUGUCAACUAUUGAAUCAACAGUCGCCUAAAUAGCGAUUAGGAGAAAACAUUGCUAUUAUAACAUUUUUCAAAAUCGAAUGAAAUUUUGGACAAAUCUAUUAAGCCUUAUUGAAACAAUUAUUUACGCGAGAAGGAAUGAAAGAGAAGCGUUUGUUUUCUGAAUUAUUUUAUUUUCCAUGUUCGCUUAUCAACUUUUAUUCUGGAUUUAUUUCAGAUCUCAUUCUGAUGUUCCCAAAAUGUUGCUCCUUACAGAUCGCUUUACAAGUUCGUUAAUCUCUGUUGUUACUAAUGCGGAAAAAAUUGUCAGUGUGAGAAAAUCCUCAAUAAUGUAUAAAUAAUGGAUGAUAGUUUGGAAUCAUUUCGUUGUGCGUGGGUGAAGGAACACAAAUGAAUGUUCAUUAAGUAUUCACAGAUUUGAAGAUGGACAAUCCUACGUUAUGUUCAUCGAAUUCAUUUUUUAUCAUUGAAAAGCAGCAAGAAAGCGAACGAUAAAUAUUUGUUUAUGGAAUAAAGAAAAAAUAUUAAUUCGUUAUUUUAUAAAGUACUAUAACUAUGUUUAAGCAAAGGUAUAUCAAAAACUAGAGAUCGAAAAAACGAAUAAAAGUUUAACCAAACGAGAUAUUUCGUUGAAUUCUCUGACACAGUCAGAAUUUUGUAUCUCUCGCUUACGAAAAUAAGUUAGUUCUAAAGGGUCAGGGUUAUAAAAAAAUUUACGUCGAAGGUGUACCGAAAAAGUUUCCGCGUUCUGUUAGACAGCGAACGAGGAAUACAAAUGGAUUUUUGGAAAGAAUUUCGUGUUCCAACUAGCGAUUUUACGAGAGACCUUGAACCCAGAAUCUUCGCAGAGAUUACGCAAGAUUCGUACCAAUUCAGACAAGAUUACGUUUACUUACUAUUCAUCAAUAUCGAGCGUUCAUUAUUAUUAUUAAUGUUAUGUGUUGAUUGACCUUAGUACUUUUCUUUCAUUCACUGACUAAUCUCUCAUCAAAAUUAUAAGAUUUCAAGUCCUUUUUUAGCUAAUUUUUUUGCAUCGUGGAUAAUUCACACGGACGUUAAGUCCGUGAAAGUUUUUUUGUCAUGGGAGCAAAGAAAUAACGUGAAGACUGAUUUCCAGUUGUACGACUCAAAGAGAUUGUUAUAAGAGGAGGUGGAAAUCUGAGCCUGUUGCGUGCGAGGAUAAGUCGCGUCGUGUGUGAGCGCGCGCGCGCGCGCGUGUGUGUGUGUGUGCGUGUAAUGAGUAAAAAAAAUGGCAAUGGUUGUACUAUGACAGUAUCGAACUAUCGGCCUUGACAGUGUGAGCAACUAUUGAAUAAAAGAUGAGGACGCGUUCAAUUCGUUCUUCUUGUCUCUGUUUAUUUUGUUUUUUUUUUUUUUUUAUUUUUUUCUCUUAUUGACACGAUAUUUAAUGCUGAUGCUCACCUCGGAACGAAACAAUCGUCCUAUAAUUUUGCAAUUUUCUUAAUACGUUAAGAAGGAAACUGCUUCGUAUUCAGACAGAUGAUGGAAUGGCCAAUAAAUUAUUUUUUUUUCCAGCCGGUGGAUUUUCAUUCGGAAUACAUUGUUGGAAUAAACUCUUGAGGCGUUUCAGUUUCUGUAAUCUGAUCCUAAGCUUCGAUAACGGCCCAAUCAAAAGACCGGUUAGAUUCCGUUUAUAUCUUGAACAAUUGAUGUCUCUCUCGAUCUUCGCGAAUUUAUAUAAACAACUUUUGUAGUAUCGUUUGGAAAAAAAACUAACGACGCUGUUAAUGUAUUAAUAUGAAAAAUUUGAGAAAUAUAUGAAUCCAUUAUCGUUCGUAA